AGCUUCUCCUCGAUUGUGAUCCUGUUCACGGUGGGGUGCGACGCAGCCGUUUGGUCGUCCAUACCAGGCGGGCGGAUCAACACCUUUGAAAAGGGAUGUUUGGGUACUGCGCCGGUGUGGGUGCAACCAGUGAAAAUGUAGAUGCAAGAACGGGGUGCUAUGAACAGGUCAAAAACCGAGAGGUAGGAGGGAAUGUAAAGGGCGAUCACAAGGACGAGGAGCUUAGUUAUGUCUGUGCUGGCAAGACAGCGGAGGGUGGGUUGACUUCUUUAUGUCUUGGGCAUUUGGAAUUGGAACCGUCCAGACUAGUACCCUACCCUAAUCUCAAGAUAAACCUGUCUCAAGAGAAACGACAGUGGGGGUUGAUUGAAGGACCUUGGGGACCUGGACCAGGCGGUCAGAAGCGACUUUGGCUAACUAAGAGAUGGCGUAAGAUGCCUUUACACGCAUCCCUGAGGCUGCGGCAAACGCGAUCUCUAUCUCGCCGAGUUAGUGCGGAAAACGCCAACGCCACCACGACAUGCAGGGAGACAAGAAAGUGGGCAUGGCCGUAAACCCAGCCCCUCGUUACUUCGGGGUCUUCCGGCAGUGGACGCCAUGUGGCAGUGCAGCUUUUGUUUUUUUCUUUGCAUAUGACAUGCCAUGCAGAAUCUUGACUGUCACAGGCUCGAUAUCUAGGCUUGUCCUGUAAGAGAGGGGCUAACGGCCCACGAGUACGGGUAGGCUCGCACUUAUUCGGGUUUGAGGUAUGCGAGUGUGUGCGCGCGCCGGGUGGGAGACACGCCGGAAGGAAGCAGACUAAUUACUACUACGUGGUAGGGUGAGUAACGAGCGCCCGCUGGAUGCCGAAAUGGUGGCGACGGGGAAUGAUUUCUGCUGGGGGUGUGGGUAGGGGUAACUAGAG